UACUAUAAAGUUGAAGAACAUAAUUACUUUUACUUACAACAAAUUAAUGAUGUAUUAAUUCCCAAUAAUCACAAUUUGAACAUUAAAAAGGGACAACACUGUUCUCUACAUGUGCUCUGUUCUUCCCAUGUAUUUAAGUUCACAAAGCCAUUCAAAUAGUCUCAUAUCGAUUCACUUUCUCUCACUUCACCUCUUUUUUUUCUGUCUCCAAACUCAAAGCCACAAACAAAUAGAUUAAAGCAAAAAGAACCAAACAUGUCAACUCCUUCAUCAUCAUCAUCUUCUUCUUCAAUUUGGGUACUUUCUAACAAUAAACUUCAAUUCUUUACUCGUAUCAGAAGGUUUCUUCAAUCCAAAGCAACCCGAAAACGCUGCGACCCAACUGAAUUUUUCAACAAAGAAAAAAGCAGAGGUGAACAGAACAUGGUUGAACAGGUUGAAAAAGUUGAAGUUAUGGAGAAUCAUAAGGAGGAGAAGGAAGAAGUGUCUGAAAUUCUGCUGCAGAAGACAGUGAAAAUGCUUCACUUUGGAAGCUGGGAAGAGAAAGAAGUAGCUGCAAAGGAGAUUGAAAGUUUAGUUAAAGAAGAUGUUAAAGUUAAGAAGUUGAUAACAGAACUUGGGGUGGUGCCGGUUUUGGUAUCGAUGGUGGCGUCGACGGUGGCUAGUCGUCGGAGAGCAGGGUUGACGGCGUUGAUCUAUUUAGCUGAUGGAACUUACACGAACAAGGCUUUGAUAAUGGAGGCAGGAAUAUUAUCCAAACUACCUAAACAAAUUGACUUUCUAGAUGAGUCAACCAUAAAUGAGUUUGCUGAGUUACUUUUAUCAUUAUCAUCACUUGCAAACACCCAAUUUCCAUUUCCUUCAUUAGAAUUUCUACCAUUCCUUACACAAAUUCUUGAAAAAGACACAACUUUUGAUACCAAAAGAUCAUGUUUAGGAGCCUUAUACAACCUAUCAACCAUGUUAGAAAAUGCAACCCCUUUAAUUUCUUAUGGGGUUGUCUCAAUUCUCUUGGAGCUUUCCUUAGUGAAAGAAAUUUCAGAAAAAGCACUUGCUACAUUAGGUAACUUGUUAGUGACUUUAAUGGGAAAAAAAGCAAUAGAGAACAAUUCAAUGGUGCCACUAAAUUUUGUUGAGAUUUUAUCAUGGGAAGAUAAACCAAAAUGCCAAGAAUUAUCGGUUUAUAUUUUGAUGAUUUUAGCACAUCAAAGUUCAUCACAAAGAGAGAAAAUGGAACAAGCUAGGAUUGUUCCUUUGCUUCUUGAAGUUGUUUUAUUAGGGAGCACUUUAGCUCAAAAAAGAGCAAUGAAACUAUUGCAAUGGUUUAAGGAUGAAAGACAAGUAAAGAUGGGACCACAUUCUGGUCCACAAUCACCAAGAUUUGCUAUGGGGUCACCUUUGAAUCAAAGAGAUACAAAAGAAGGGAAGAAAUUGAUGAAGAGUUUGGUGAAACAAAGUUUGCAUAAGAAUUUGGAAAUAAUUACUCAAAGGGCAAAUGCAAAUGGGGAGUGCUCUAAAUUUAAGUCAUUGGUUAUUAGCACAAGUUCCAAGAGUUUGCCAUAUUGAAGUCUUUGAAGUUGACUAAAGUUCAAUUAUAUUUUUAGCAUUUUAGAAUUUCAAUGAAGGUUCUUUAAAGUACUAUGUAAACAUGAAAAACAAUAGAACAUGGAAAUGUCACCUUGACAUUUCUUGCUACAAUGAAAAAAAUUGCAAUGACAAAAAAUAGUUGAAUAUUUAGAAAUUCAAACUUAUAUUAGUAAAUUUGGUUUCAACA